UGGACGCACAAUUUUUAACGGUGUAUUUCUAUAAUAGCCCUGCAAACUUCGCAGCGCUGCAAAUUUAAAACUAUCUUAUAGUAUAAUUCCUUUGUUACACGCGGAGAAUAAAAUUCGUAUUAAGAUAAAGAAAAAUGCAAUUUUGAGCGUUCAAGUCGCUCUUUCUUAACAUUUUUUUGCUGUUUCGCAAAUGAUAAGUCUGUCGGGUGCAAUAGGAAACCGGGCCCUGAUUACUUCUCCGCCCAGCAUCCCGCCGGCGGCGGCCUCGGAAAAAUCAUGCUUUGCGGAAUCUCAUCCGCAGCGAACAAGGGAACGUCAUUUACAAUGCAGUACCAGCCAACCUUAGAUAAUUCUAUCUUUCCCCCUUGAACGACUCCGCAACUAUCGUGAGUCCGUGAGAUUUUUCCUUACUUGCUCGAUAAGUCAUCCUCGUGAAUUCUUUUUCCAUGUCUGCUUCGCAUAUAAACCACGAUGUCGUGGGAAACGCGCUACGUAAUCGUAAAGAUGCUCGAGUCGCAGCAACGCGUUAUUCUCCUCGGUCUGCUGUUGACGGCCGCUCCGACCUUGGGAGACAUCCUGAAUCGAGGAUGGUGGAACCAUACGAUUUUCUAUCAAAUUUACCCUCGCAGUUUUAUGGACACCGACAACGACGGUGUGGGUGAUCUCGAAGGCGUAACGAGUAAACUAGAACAUUUUGUGGACUCUGGGAUAGGAGCGAUAUGGCUGUCGCCUAUCAAUCGAAGUCCUAUGGUCGAUUUUGGAUACGACAUAUCAGAUUUUAAAGAUAUCGACAAAAUAUUUGGUACACUAGAGGAUUUCAACAAUCUUGUAAAACGCGCCAAAGAACUUGGAUUGAAGGUUAUUCUUGAUCUCGUACCCAAUCAUACUUCGGAUGAACAUUAUUGGUUCCAAGAGAGCAUAAAACGUGGCUCCAAGUAUGAAGAUUAUUACAUAUGGGCAAAUGGAAGAGAAAACAACGCACAACCACCAAACAAUUGGAGAAGUGUAUUUAGCGGAUCAGCUUGGACAUUCAACGAAGUUCGCAAUCAAUGGUACUUUCAUCAAUUUCACGAAAGGCAACCAGACCUGAAUUACAGUAAUCCCAACGUGCAAGAAGAGAUGAAGGAAAUCAUCGAAUUUUGGUUGAGAAAAGGGGUGGAUGGAUUUCGCGUGGAUGCGGUGCCGCAUCUAUACGAGAUAAAUUACACUAGGGACGAACUUCGAAGCGGUAAGCCAGGAGCAGAACGAGACGAUUAUGAUUACCUACGUCAUACAUUCUCAAAGGAUAUACCGGAAACGUACGAAUUAGUACAAAGUUGGAGAAAAAUUCUAGACGAUUACGCCCAUCAAUAUAACACGAGCGAGAAGGUGAUGAUGACUGAAGCAUACACGUCGUUAGAAAACACCAUCAAAUAUUACAAUUACGGUUCUCACAUUCCUUUCAACUUUAAUUUUAUCAUGGAUGUGGAUAAAGAUUCAAAUGCUACUGCUUUUAAAAAGAUAAUAGACGAAUGGAUAAACGCAAUGCCUGCAGACGGCGUCGCUAACUGGGUGAUGGGAAAUCACGAUCGCAAUCGCACUGCUUCGCGUUUCGAAGGAAGAGCAGAUCAAAUGACGAUGUUAGCCAUGAUACUGCCGGGUGUAGCGGUAACAUAUUAUGGUGAGGAAAUCGGAAUGGUUAAUAAAAUGGACAUAAGUUGGGAAGAUACGCAGGAUCCCCAAGCGUGUAACGCAGGCGAAGAAAAAUAUAAAAGUCGGUCCCGCGAUCCAGUUCGCACACCAUUUCAGUGGAAUAACAACAUAAAUGCAGGUUUUAGUAAUGCCACAAAGCUUUGGUUACCGGUCCAUGAAAAUUAUCGCAGUUUAAAUUUGCUUCUACAAAAAAGUAACAAUGACACUCACUACCAUGUUUAUCGCACUCUAACAAUGUUACGUAAUACAUCGGAAGCGCUCAAAUUUGGAUCGCUAUCUACUGAAGUCAUUAAUGACACCGUUCUAUGUGUCCUGAGAAAAACGAAGAGAGAAGCCGUGACAUUAUUGAUAAAUUUCUCAGACAAAGACAAAAAACAGGUUGAUUUAACAAAAUCAUUAGCGGAAUUCGAGAAUGGUGUAGUUGGAACAGCUAGCGUGGGCUCCGGAAUAAAACAACAACAUCCUGUCGAGUUGAAGAAUAUCACUCUUCCGGCGAAUGCUUCGAUAGUUCUUCUAACUAACGUCAAAUCUUCCGAUUCCAAUUCAGCAAUGCAAUAUGUUGUUUCUCUACAAACAAUCCUAUUACCGAUAUUUUUAAUAAUGUUAUACGGAUAAGAAAUUCAUAAAAAUGAUUUUGAUCAACUCGCUCGCGUUACGAUCACGAUAUUAUAAUGAAAAUUGACUUCACUAAUUAUACCAAGAAAGUGUCGCGCGACUUGAUUAAUUAUAAUUAUUAACAAUGUUGUCGUUAAAUUUGUACUUUAUGUAAAGUGUUCUGUAGGAAACAUUGAAUACAGCAAUACGGUAAGCAAACAUCAUGCCGGUUGCAUAACAUUCUCGUAGCGUAACAAUUAUUUUCUAACGUGCAUGUCAAUGUCGAAAGUUUCUCAAUCCAGUACGUUCCUCUGAAUUUAACGCGCGAUCAUAAGCUUUACUUCUGUUUUGUACACGAAAAAACAUUUCGCAGAAUACAAAGUUUAUCUCGACCUCGCGCAAACAAAUCGAUAAUUCGUUACACGGAUGGCACAACUGGAGAACCAAUUUUCGCAUCUAAUCCUGCCUGAUGAAAAAAUAUCUGCGUACGCGGGAACCUUCGUGAGAGGUUGGCAACAGGAUCAAACAGCGGAUGAAGUUCGACAAAAUAAUCUGCCAAGACGUACUUCCUUCAACGGAAUCACAUUUUAUCAACCCACAGUUCUAGAUUCUUUCCUUUCACGGUGACAUGUGAUUGAACUCGAUUAGACGGCGAUAUCUUGAUUUUCAAAGAAACGCUAUUUUUUAAGAAUACACACUCCGACUCUGUAAUCGAGCCGAUUUUUUAAGUACAAUCUUGAUACACACGAAUAGAUGAAUAAUUGAAUUAUGUUCAUCGAGAAAUAUUACAAAUCUCAGUGACUAAUAUAUGUGUGAAGGGCUAUCCUGCACGGCAAUAUGUAAAUAUAAUUAUGUAAAUUUUAUAUUAUAAUAUAAUAAUAAUUCAUAUUAUAAA